UUUUUCUGAAAUAAAAACACUUGGAUCAAGAUGCAGCCGUCACUUUAAUUCGAAUUGCUAUACACCUUAUCAAUCCCACAAGCAAUUGAAUUUCAAAUCCGACACCGUUUCGUAAAUCAUCACAUCUCAAACAUCUCUCUUCGAACAAACGGUUGAGUGUAAAAUUUGCCAAAACAGAAAAAAAAAAAAGUACGAUUAAAAUUGAAAUUCUGAAACAUUGUGAUGAUUUGAUAGGUGGCAGAGAUAAAGAGAACAGAAGAGGUGACGCUUGGGCUCCCAUCCCCAUCAAAUUACCAUUAAAAAAGGUGCCCUAAUUAGCUUAAAAUUAUUUGCUUUUCCCCAAAUCAAUUAAACCGCGGCGCACAUAGAAAAUCGACCGCGCAAACGUCAAUUCGCAGAAAAAGGCGGGAUUUUUCAAGAUUUUGGAGUAUUAUAUAUUAUUACUGUUUGUCCAAUUUCUGUCCUUCUGCCCUAGUACCUGUUGAAAUACUUAUUUUAGAACCCUUUUUAUUGUUCCGAUUUUGUGAGGGAAAAAAAACACAAUUUGUUUGCCCUAGUUUAAUCUUUUGUCUGUUGUCUGUUGUAGUGUAUUAAUAAUAUUCAAUAGAGAUCUAACAUUGGUAGUAUGGAGAGUGGGGAAGAGAGGGUUUCGGAAGAUCAUAUGGAGAGUGGGGUCGAAAGGGUUGAAGCUGAAAUAUUAAAAGCUAGAGAAACUAUGGUGGAUAUUCUCGAAGGAAGUAGUUUCAAAAAAGAGGAAGAAAUUAUGGUGAAUGAUCUUGCUAUGGAGAGUGGUGAAGAGAGGGUUGAUGCCGAGAUAUUGAAAGAUGGAGUAAAUAUGGUGGAUAAUCUUUCUAUGGAGUGUGGUGUGGAGAGGGUUGAUGCUGAAAUAUCAAAAGAUGAAGAAACUAUGGUGGAUAAUCUUGCUAUGGAGAGGAUUGAUGCUGAAAUAUCGAAAGAUGGAGUAAAUAUGGUGGAUAAUAUCGAAGGAGGAAGUAAUUUCAAAAAAGAGGAAGAAAAUAUGGUGGAUACUUUUGCUAUGGAGAGUGGUGAAGAGAGGGUUGAUGCUGAAACAUCGAAAGAUGGAGUAAAUAUGGUGGAUAAUCUCGAAGAAAGUAGUUUCAAACAAGAGGAAGAAAAUAUGGUGGAUAAUCUUGCCGUGGAGGAUGGGGAAGAGAGGGUUGAUGCUGAAGUAUCGAAAGAUGGAGAAGAUAUGUCGGAUAAUCUCGAAGGAAGAAGUUUCAAACAAGUCGAAGAAAAUAUGGUGGAUAAUCUUGCUAUGGAGAGUGGAGAAGAGAGGGUCAAUGCUGAAGUAUCGAUAGAUGGAGAAAAUAUGGUGGAUAAUCUCGAAGGAAGUAAUUUGAAACAAGAGGAAGAAAAUAUGGUGGAUAAUCUUGCUGUGGAGAGUGGGGAAGAGAGGGUUGAUGCUGAAAUAUCGAAAGAUGGAGAAAAUAUUUCGGAUAAUCUAGAAGGAAGCAGUUUCAAACAAGUCGAAGAAAAUAUGGUGGAUAAUCUUGCUAUGGAUAAUGGGGUGGAGAGGGUUGAUGCUAAAAUAUUGAAAGAUGGAGAAAACGUGGUGGAUAAUCUUAGUGGUGGUGGUUCAAUUACUGAAAAGGUUGAGCCCUCGAAAAGGCGGGGUCGGCCUAAGAAGAUGAAUAAUAAUACAGAAGAUGAAGGGAAGAAUCUUGGUAGCUCUGUUACUGAGAGUGCGACCCGGCGUUCGAAGAGGGAUCGCCCUAUGAAGAACUAUAACGAAAGCAUCUAUGAAGAAAGUGACGAUCUUUCUAUGGAAAACGGUGAAAGAGACGGAAAAAGGAGAUCUUUGGGUAAAAGGGGUAGGAGAAAGAGAGAUGUGAAGGAAGAAGAAAAGGGUUCAGAGAUGGGAAUAAAUGGGGGUAAUGUUGGAGAGGGGAAAGAGAUAAUUAAUUCGGUGGCAGAAAAGGAAAAUGUGAGUUGUAAAACGGAGAAUAAUAAUAUUAGUUUGGGGAACGAAUCAGAAGAAAACGGUGUUGUUUCGUCUUCUGCUGAGACAAAAAAGGGAGAACAUGUACAGAAUGGAGGUGAUAAAAAAGAAAACGGAAAUAAGGUAGAGUGUGAAGGACGUGGCUCGAGGACUAGGGAAUCGAGUAUAAAGGCAAAGGAGAAAUUGAAGGAGCAGAUGGAGAUUGAUGAAUCGGAAGACGAGGAUAGUUCAAGGAAGGGGAAGAGGAGAAGGGGUCAGAAAAAGAAGAGUGACGAACUUAUAACCGGAGGCGGUGAAGUUAAAGAAAAAAUAAACCAAAAGGAGGAAGAGAAGACCAAUCGAAGAAAACGGAGCGGUAGUGAAUCCAGGGAGGAUGGUGAAGGAGUCGGGAAGAGGGAGAAUAAAAGGAGAAGCAAUCCAAUUGGAGCAAAGACGGUGAAUUCAGAGAAUGUACCAAAGCGUGUAAUGAGCAAGGAUACCGAGGGAUUUCUUGAGUCUAACAUGUGUCAUCAAUGCCAAAGAAACGACAAAGGAAAGGUCGUACGGUGCAUUGAAUGCAAAACAAAGAGAUACUGUGUUCCCUGCAUGACCACCUGGUACCCGAAAAUGUUGGAGGAAGAUUUUGCAACACGUUGUCCUGUUUGUCGAAAUAAUUGCAACUGCAAAGCAUGUUUACGCAUGGAACUUCCAAUUAAGGGUCUUUCUGAAAUUACGGAGAAGUCAGAUCACGUAAUUCACAAAGAUAAAGAGGUUCCGUACUCUAAAUACAUUAUCAAAGUGCUUCUGUCCUUUGUCGAACAGAUCAACACAGAACAAGUGACGGAGCUCGAACUCGAAGCUAAGAUUAAAGGAUUAUCAGUUUCAGACAUCAAGAUUAAGAAUGCAGCAUGCGAUAAGAAUGAGCGUAUCUAUUGUGAUAAUUGCCGAACUUCUAUUGCUGAUUAUCACAGAAGCUGUUCUCUGUGUUCCUAUGACUUUUGCAUUAGUUGUUGUCGAGAACUUAGAGAUGGCCAUCUUCAGGGAGGUGAAAAAGGAAGACCAAUUAAAUUUAUGGAUUACGGGUUUGACUAUUUGCAUGGUGGUGGAAAAGUCGAGAGUAAAGAUUUAAAGAGUGGCAAAAUGAAAUCAGAGGAUAAUGGUGUGGAGUUUUCUCUAUCUGAUUGGAAGUUGCAGGAAAAUGGCGUUAUCCCGUGUCCACCGAAAGGUAUGGGAGGUUGUGGUAAAGGAAUUUUAGAACUGAAGUCCUUAUUACAAGAUAAACCACUCCAAGAAUUGCUUAUGGAAGCGAGACAAAUAUGCAAUGAAGAUAACGCUGAAUGUGUGUCUGAAAUUUCUGGUGGGAGAUGUACAUGUUCCAAGAUCUUGUUUCAAGAUAUAUCGAGCCGUAACUCGUGUAAAGCAGCGUCUCGUGAAGAUCCCUUCGACAACUCGUUGUACUGCCCGACGGCCGUCGACCUUACGCAUGAGGAUCAGAAACAUUUUCAGUGGCACUGGUCGAAGGGCGAACCCGUAAUUGUUAGGGAUGUUCUUGAAAUGACACUUGGGCUGAGCUGGGAACCCAUGGUUAUGUAUCGUGCCUUUCGUCAGAUUAAAAACCUUAAACACGAUCAACUUCUUGACGUGACUGCAAUAAAUUGUCUAGACUGGUGUGAGGUAGAUAUCAAUAUCCACCAUUUCUUUAAAGGGUAUUCCAAAGGUCGACUUGACAGUAAAGGGUGGCCCGAAAUUCUGAAAUUGAAAGACUGGCCCCCUUCCACUUUAUUCGGGCAGAAAUUUCCUCGACAUAAUGCUGAGUUUCUCAGUUGCUUACCUUUUAAGGAGUACUCGCAUCCCGACAACGGAUACUUAAAUCUUGCUGUUAAAUUGCCCAAAGGGUCUUUAAAGCCUGAUAUGGGCCCGAAAACGUAUAUAGCAUAUGGAUUUAAUGAAGAGCUAGUGCGUGGAGAUUCCGUUACAAAGCUUCAUUGUGACAUGUCUGAUGCGGUGAAUGUAUUGACGCAUGUGCAAGCAGUUGGCGUAGAACCUGACAAACAGGGCGCAAUUCGAAAGUUGAAAGAGAAACAUGCUGAACAGGACAAAAAGGAGAUUUCUAAAGUUGUGCAGAUGGCAGAUUGUGAAAAAAAAGUCAUAGAUGCCCCUCAAAAUGGUUUAGAAUUUCACGAUGGUGAUGCUGAGAGUGGAGCUCUUUGGGACAUUUUUAGGAAGCAAGAUGUUCCUAAGUUGGAAGAGUACAUAAAACGGCACUUUAACGAGUUUAGGCAUAUUUACGGCAAUCUUCUUCCGGAGGUCAUUCAUCCAAUUCAUGACCAAACCAUUUACUUGACCGUGGAGCACAAAAGGAGACUUAAGGAAGAAUACGGAAUUGAGCCGUGGACAUUUGUACAGAGAUUAGGUGAUGCGGUUUUUAUACCAGCAGGUUGCCCUCAUCAAGUUCGGAACUUGAAGUCAUGCAUUAAGGUUGCAGUUGAUUUUGUGUCACCUGAAAAUGUCGAUUCGUGCUUCAAACUUACCGAAGAAUUCCGCGUGCUUCCCCAUAAUCACAGGGCUAAAGAAGACAAGCUAGAGGUGAAGAAAAUGAUAAUUCAUGCAUUGCGUAAUGCCGUGAAUAAGGUGACAGGUGGGGAGGAUGCUCAGAAUGAUGUACAGAUCGUGAAUAAAACUCUGCUGACAAACGGGGCUAAAGAAAGGGGGCCAAAAAAGAGGUCAAAAAGGGGGCUAAAACAAGGGCCAAAAAAGGGGGCCUAAAUACCGCUGAAACUUGUUAGAAAUCUUUCUUUACCAUAUUACUGAUAAAGGCACUCUUAGUUCGACGGAGGACAUUUUCGUCAUUCUUGCUGAAGCUUUUGUCUUGUGGAGCAAGUCCCUUUUCGGAAUAAGUGGUUUUCUAAUAUGAAUGUGGAUCACUGUUUCCGUUCGGUACAUAAAUUAUGUUAGACUUGAUUGAUAUUUUGUGUUUCUGAUGGAGUAUUUGUACUUUGAUGAUAAAUAUUGGCUCUAUUUCUCGUAUAUGAAAUCUAUUUAGUGGUUUUUUUGCAGUGAU